UUUCUUUCUAGUCUCUUCUCUAUAUACAGGAAGAAGCCAUUUAUCAGCGCGUUUACUGUUCCUCUCAAGACAGUCUUAAAUUCCACCCUUUUGGUUUGAGAAUGGGUUCAAUGGAUGGUACGCUGCCGCUGCUCACUGUACUUCUCCCUUCACUCUUCGCAGGUUGAAGAAUUUGGGCAUUGUUUGAUUUUUACAACAUUUCAUCGCCUCUCCUAGUAGUAGUAGUUGUUCUUAUUCUUCUCGUUGUAUUUUCCUUUGCGAAAUGGCAACUUAUGUUCCUUGCAGCUUUGCACAUUCCGAUGUAUUGGCAGCUCGAAAUGGCCGAGCAUUAAAGGAGAAUUCUUAUAAAGGCAGAGAUUCUCAUCUGAAUAAGUCUCCAAUCUCUUUUCGGCUUAAAUGUUCAUUUAAUUCCCACAGAAUUAACCAACCAAAUGAAAGCAAAGAUGCUUUCUUGAAUCUUCAUCCUGAAGUUUCACUGCUGAGGGGAAAUGGAACUGAUGGAGGAGGUUCUAGCAGCAUGAGGAAGGAAGAGAUUUCAAAUGAACCAUCCAUUCCAAAUAAUAACUACAAUGAGGCGAAGAUCAAAGUGGUGGGAGUUGGAGGAGGCGGUUCGAAUGCUGUGAAUAGAAUGGUUCAGAGUUCUAUGACUGGUGUAGACUUUUGGAUUGUUAAUACAGACGUCCAAGCCAUGAGAAUGUCACCUGUGGGAAACCGUCUUCAAAUUGGCAGAGAAUUAACCAGAGGGCUUGGUGCUGGUGGGAAACCCGAUAUUGGAAUGAAUGCUGCAAAUGAGAGCAGGUCAGUUAUUGAGGAGGCGGUUUCUGGUGCAGAUAUGGUGUUUGUAACUGCUGGAAUGGGUGGAGGAACGGGAACAGGUGCAGCUCCAGUUGUGGCUGGAAUUGCAAAGUCGUUAGGAAUCUUGACUGUUGGUAUUGUCACGACUCCGUUCUCAUUUGAGGGACGAAAACGUUGUGUUCAAGCUCAAGAAGGAGUGGCGGCUUUGAGGGAGAAUGUUGAUACGUUGAUUGUCAUUCCUAAUGACAAGCUAUUAACCGCUGUCUCACAGUCUACUCCAGUAACCGAAGCUUUUAAUUUGGCUGAUGACAUACUUCGACAAGGUGUUCGUGGCAUAUCUGACAUAAUAAUGGUUCCCGGGUUAGUUAAUGUCGACUUUGCUGAUGUAAGAGCGAUAAUGCAAAAUGCAGGUUCAUCUCUUAUGGGAAUAGGAACUGCCACUGGUAAAACAAGGGCAAGAGAUGCUGCUUUAAAUGCAAUACAAUCUCCAUUGUUGGACAUUGGUAUAGAGAGAGCGACUGGAAUAGUCUGGAAUAUAACUGGUGGCAGCGAUUUAACUCUCUUUGAGGUGAAUGCUGCAGCUGAGGUCGUAUAUGACCUUGUUGAUCCAAACGCAAAUUUAAUAUUUGGAGCAGUGAUAGAUCCAUCUUUAACAGGCCAAGUUAGCAUAACUUUGAUUGCUACUGGGUUCAAGCGACAAGAGGAAACUGAAGGAGGAAGGGGACAGGGAGAUUCUAGGCGUCCCAAUUCCUCUUCCUCCCAAACGGAAGGUGUUUUUGUGGAGAUUCCGGAGUUCUUGAAGAGGAAAGGGGGUUAUCGAUAUCCUAAAGUUUGACAGACGAUCAUUCCUCUUGGUAGUAGUAAUAAUGAAGAAAUGGUUGGUUUCAGAGUGUUGGGGUUGUUGAUUUACACAAAAGAAAGUUGGUUUAAUUUCAUUUAUUGUUUGAAUAGCUCGACUCUUGUCUGUUUGCUUACUUGUGUACAGAAUUGCUUUCUUUCUCUAUUUGGUUGGUUCUACCGAACUGGGAAACACGAAAAUGUUUGCUCGA